AUGGACCAACCUCCAAAACAUUAUUUGGAUCUCUCAAAAGCUGUGGUAAGAACUACUGGAGGACUUCCUUUGGCUCUUAAGGUUAUAGGUUCAUACUUAUUUGAUAAAGAAAAACCAGCAUCGAAAGAUAUAGUGAAGAAGUUAGCCACAAUUCCACAUGAUGAAGUGCUGAAGAAGUUGAAAAUAAGUUAUGAUGGAUUAAAUUAUAAACAUAAAGAGAUAUUUCUUGACAUUACAUGUUUUUUUAUUGGAACGGAUAAGAAUGUUCCAUGUUACAUAUGGGAUGGCUGUGGUUUCUUCCCUAGAGAUGGAAUUCAAAAUCUUUGCCAAAAGUCACUGAUUAAGAUUAGUGAAAAAAAUGUGUUACUGAUGCAUGAUCAGCUAAGAGAUCUCGGAAGAAAAAUUGUUCGCCGAGAAAACCGUAAGGAGCUUGGAGAACAUAGUAGGUUGUGGUCGCAUGAGGCAUUGGAAGUAAUGAGUACUCAAAAGUCAGAAAAUAAACAAUUGGAGGUAUUGCUUCUUGAAAGAUGUUAUAAUUUGGCUACAAUUGAUGCAUCCAUUGGUAAUCUUGAGAGAUUAGUCAAACUGAACUUGAGCAAUUGUUAUGAACUAUACCGGAUUCCAGACUUAUCAGCAAACAAACAAUUGGAGGUGUUGGUUCUUGAAGACUGUAAAAAGUUGGCUACAAUUGACGCAUCCAUUGGUCAUCUUAAGAAAUCAAUUGAAAUAUUACCAAAUGUCUCAAACUUAACAAAACUACAGAUAUUGGAGAUCGAGGGUUGUGAGAAGGUAACUGAAAUUCAGGGAGUUGAUGGGUUGCAAACUCUAGUGGUCUUGAGUAUCGAUGGGUGCAUUUCGAUUGAAAGAUCACCAUGUCUGCCAAACUUAAAGAACCUGAGGAGACUAUUACAACUGCAAGAAGUUGAUCGAGAGUCAAGGACAAUGUGCUUAAACAUGGUACGUUCUCAGUACAGUGGUGACAAUGAAGGUGGAAAUAAUACCAUUAAUGGUUGCUAA